CUUGAAGUCCGCGGAGCGGCUGCGAGCUGUAAGCGUAGCCGAGCCGGGAGGAUCUGCAGCGGCCCUCUGGCCACCUUCUCUGCGAGCAGGAUCUUAUGCUGUGAAGACGUUUCCAAAGUGCCUUAGGUCAAGCAGAAAAUCUGACCCACAGGCCGGGAAAGAAAAGACUGUUAGGUUGUGGAGGGGUAGUCUUGUCCAGCUCAUUAUCUUCCUGGACUGUGGGACCCAAGGUGGACUUGUCCUUCUCCAUGGCACACCGGCUGCAGCUACGUCUCCUGACAUGGGAUGUGAAGGACACACUGCUCAGGCUUCGGCGUCCUGUAGGGGAGGAGUAUGCCACCAAGGCCCGGGCCCAUGGGCUGGAGGUGGAGGCCACAACACUGGGACAAGCCUUCAGCCAGGUGUUCAAGGCUCAGAACCACAGCUUCCCUAACUACGGCAUGAGCCAUGGCCUCACCUCCCGUCAGUGGUGGCUGGAUGUGAUCCUGCAGACCUUCCACCUGGCAGGUGUCCGGGAUGCCCAAGCUGUGGCCCCCAUCGCUGAUGAGCUAUAUGAAGACUUCAAACACCCCUACAACUGGCAGAUAUUGGAUGGAGCUGAGAACACCCUGAGAGGGUGCUGCAAGCGGGGUCUGAAGCUGGCAGCAGUCUCCAACUUUGACCACCGGCUACAGGACAUCCUGGUAGGUCUUGGCCUGCGGGAACACUUUGACUUUGUGUUGACUUCUGAAGCUGCUGGCUGCCCCAAGCCAGAUCCCCGCAUUUUCCUUGAGGCCUUGCGGCUUGCUCACAUGCAACCAGCAGUAGCAGCCCAUAUUGGGGACAAUUACCUCUGUGAUUACCAGGGGCCUCGGGCUAUAGGCAUGCACAGCUUUCUGGUGGUUGGCCCAGAGCCUCUGGACCCUGCCAUCAGGGCUUCUGUACCUGAAGAACAUAUUCUUCCAUCACUGUCCCAUGUCCUGCCUGCCCUUGACCGCCUGGAGGGAUCAACCCCUGGGUUGUGAGUCUGGUGAGGAAGUAUCUGGGCCAAAAUAAACAUUGGAGACUAGGAGCCCUUUCUUUCUUCCCAGAUAUGGACUGUGUUCUUCCCCUGCAGCCUCCAAACCUGUUCUGAUGAUAACAGUAACAAGGGCUGGGCUUUUAGCCUUGCCACACUAACCAGCUCCAGGUCACAGCUCACUCAUUCACUCCUGCGUUCCUUUUCUCCCAUGAGUCCCCCUCACCUCCAUCUGGAUUCUUUGAGGGCCCAAAUAGUUUCAAA